UGUUUUUUGGUUUGAAUGAUAGUAAGUUAUAUAGUACAAAUCGCUAAUAAUACCAAUCAUUAUAAUAACUUAUUACCACAUAUUAUUUUAUUAAUUGUUCUUACACACACAUUUUUAAAGUUUGUGCUGGUUACGAACUAUUUUUUUUCUAUAAAAGUUUAUUUAUUUAUCUGUUAAAAUUAUUGUUAUUUGACAAUGGGUGAUAAGCGUAGUGUCAUGUUUGUAUGUUUGGGUAAUAUAUGCCGAUCUCCAAUGGCCGAAGCAGUUUUCAAAGAGGCAGCCAAACUAAAGGGCGUGAACGAUAAAUGGUAUGCUGAAAGUGCUGGUACUGGCGGAUGGCAUGUAGGUUGUUCACCUGACGAUCGGACAAUGACCGUACUGCGGAAUAAUGGAAUACAGUUCAAGCAUUCAGCACAACAAUUAACUAAGGAAGAUUUCAAUAGAUUUGAUUUCAUUUUUGGAAUGGAUCAGAGUAAUAUGAGAGAUUUAAAUCGAAUGAAGCCGAAAGGAUCUAAAGCAAAAUUACUAUUGUUAGGGUCAUUUGACCCAUUAGGUGAUUCCAUUAUACAAGACCCAUAUUAUGAUAGUGACACUAAAGGAUUUGAAAAGUGUUAUCAACAAUGCAUGAGAUCAUGCACGUCAUUUUUAGAAAAACAUCAAUAGUUUAUUUUUGUUUUCAAUAAAUAAUAAUUAAUAACAAAUGAAAAAAUA